CGUCAUAGUGCACUAUAAAAGUGGACAGACACUGAGACAGAUCAACUGUUGCUCCGACUUGUCCAUAAAGUACAACCAUGAUCGCUAAGAUCUUCGUUCUUUGCGCCUUGGUGGCCGUCGCCUAUGGGGGACUUAUCCCCGCACAUGGUUUGGCUGGUGGUUCUAGCAUCACUUCACGACGACAGGAUGAUUUCGGAAACUACGCCUUUAACUACGACAUUGUUGACCCGUUGGGCGCCACCAACGGCCGCUGGGAGGCUGGAGAUGGCUACGGUAACACACGUGGAGCCUACAGUCUGAAUGACAUCGAUGGUCGUGCCCGUAGAGUUGAGUACGUCGCCGAUGGAGCCGGUUUCCGUGCCGUGGUUAAGACUAAUGAACCAGGUACCGCCCCCAGUGCUCCUGCUGGCGUUGUAGUGGCUUCUAGCCAACCCGGAGUCGUUGCUCACGGACCUGCCGUCGUGAGAACUGCCGUAGCAGCUCCUGCUAUCGCCGCUCCCGUUGCUGUUGCUCCCGCCUAUGGCUAUGGCGUGCCUGCUUAUGGAGCCGCUGCGGCUUUCAAAUACUGGACGGAUGAUGUUAAAACCCAACUUUUUGCUCGGAUCUCCAUAGAGUGCAGCACCAGCAUGAUCGCUAAGAUUGCCGUUUUCUGUGCCCUGGUGGCCGUCGCCCACGGUGGACUACUCCAUGGAUUGGCAGGUGGCACUAGUGUCGCUUCUCGCCGACAGGAUGACUUUGGAAACUAUGCCUUUAACUACGACAUUGUUGACCCGUUGGGAGCCACCAACGGUCGCUGGGAGGCUGGAGAUGGCUAUGGUAACACACGUGGAGCCUACAGUCUGACUGACAUCGAUGGUCGUGCCCGUAGAGUUGAGUACGUCGCCGAUGGAGCCGGUUUCCGUGCCGUGGUUAAGACUAAUGAACCAGGUACCGCCCCCAGUGCUCCUGCUGCCGCUGUAGUGGCUUCUAGCCAACCCGGAGUCGUUGCUCACGGACCUGCCGUCGUGAAAACUGUUGUAGCGGCUCCUGCUAUCGCCGCCCCUGUUGCUGCUGCUCCUGCUUUCGCCGCUGGUGUGUAUGGUGCCCCUGCCUACGGUGCUGGAGUUUAUGGAGCCUCUGUCUACGGAGCUGGUUUAUAUGGUGCCCCUGCCUAUGGUGCUGGGUUUUUGAAAUACCACUGA